AUGACAUCCAACUGCUGCGUUACUAAUUCCUCAUCAACUUCGGUCAAGAACUGUGCCCGGCCUUCGUCCAUCUGCUCUGCUAACAUGGGCUGCAGGACAGAGCUCUGCCUGGGUUAUGUGUGCCAGCCCAUGAAAUGCAUGCCAUCCAUCUGCAUGCCUACUGCCUACCGGCCAGCCAGCUGUCUCUCGAAGACCUACCUGUCCAGCUCCUGUCAGCCCAGCAACUGCCGGCCGGCCGUCUCCAGUUCCAUGGGGACCUACAGCUGGUUCUCCGAGGGCGCCUUCAACGGCAGCGAGAAGGAGACCAUGCAGGUCCUGAACGACCGCCUGGCCAGCUACCUGGAGAAGGUUCGGCAGCUGGAGAGGGAGAACGCCGAGCUGGAGAGCAAGAUCCAGGAGGUCUUCCAGGGUCAGGAGCUGACCAUGUGUCCUGACUACCAGUCCUACUUCCAGACCAUCGAGGAUCUCCAGCAGAAGGUUCUGUGCACCAAGGCUGAGAAUGCCAGGAUGAUCGUGCACAUUGACAAUGCCAAGCUGGCUGCGGAUGACUUCAGGACCAAGUACGAGACGGAGCUGGCCCUGCGGCAGCUGGUGGAGGCAGAUACCAACGGCCUGCGCAGGAUCCUGGACGAUCUGACCCUCAACAAGGCUGACCUGGAGGCGCAGGUGGAGUCCCUGAAGGAGGAGCUGCUGUGUCUCAAGAGGAGCCAUGAGGAGGAAGUUGGUGUCCUCCGACAACAGCUUGGUGACCGCCUCAACAUUGAGGUGGAUGCUGCGCCCCCUGUGGACCUGACAAGGAUGUUGGAGGAGAUGCGAUGUCAGUAUGAGGCCAUGGUGGAGACCAACCGCAGAGACGUGGAGGAAUGGUUCAACAUGCAGAUGGACGAGCUUAACAAGCAAGUGGCCACAAGCUCCGAGCAGCUUCAGAGCUACCAGUCGGACAUCAUUGAUCUGAGGCGAACAGUCAACACGCUGGAGAUCGAGCUGCAGGCUCAACACAGCCUGAGGGACUCUCUGGAAAACACCCUGACAGAGACGGAGGCCCGCUACAGCUCCCAGCUGGGUCAAAUGCAGUGCAUGAUCACCAGCGUGGAGUCCCAGCUGUCCGACAUCCGCUGUGACCUGGAGCGGCAGAACCACGAGUACCAGGUGCUGCUGGACGUGAAGGCCCGGCUGGAGGGCGAGAUCAACACGUACCGAGGCCUGCUGGAGAGCGAGGACAGCAAGCUGCCCGGCCACCCCUGCUCCACUCCCUCCUGCGGGCCCUGCGCGCCCUCCCCCGGGGUGCCCCGUUCAGUCUGUGCGCCCCACACUGUCUGCGUGCCUUGCUCCCCCGGCCUCCAGAGCCGCUACUGA